CAGUGAGCAUGCGCGUGAAUAUAUAUACUCCUGCAGGAUGCAGGUUCCAGCAUCAAUACCCCUCACUCCUUCUCCUCUCCUAAACAACUGUUUACCUCUUGGGUGCCUUGGGAUCUUCCCCUUCCACUACUUCACGAUGAAGUUGCUAGUCCUGUUCGUGCUGUUGGGCUUGUCCAUUGCUGAUAAAUUACCUUCCACCAGCUAUGGCGUUCCUCAUAGUGGUAAUGGAAAUGGUAAUGGCAAUGGAAACUUAAAUGGUAAUGGUAAUGGCAAUGGAAAUGGAUUUACUGUAACCAAUGGAGCUCUUAACGGAAAUGGUAAUGGCAAUGGAAAUGGAUUUGCCAUAACCAAUGGAGCUCUUAAUGGAAAUGGUAAUGGCAAUGGAAAUGGAUAUGCUGUAACUAACGGAGCUCUUAAUGGAAACGGUAACGGCAACGGCAAUGGAUUUGCUGCAGUUAAUGGAGCUCUUAAUGGAAAUGGAAAUGGUAAUGGCAAUGGAAAUGGAUUUGCUGCAGCUAAUGGAGCUCUUAAUGGAAACGGAUUUUCAAAUGGUUAUGCUGCUCCACCAAGCAACACCUAUGGUGCACCAACCAACGGAUAUGGAGUAGACCCAGAGAUUGAAGCCUUAGCUGGAAAUAUCCCAGGAGGUGGAGUCCCUGGAGAAGAUUAUCCUAUCUUGGCCUCUGUCCCUGAAACCGGAUUCUCCUGUGAUGCCCAAAAUGUCCCUGGAUAUUAUGCGGACACUGCCCCUGAAGCUGGCUGCCAGGUCUUCCACAUCUGCCAGGACAGGCCCAAUGGACUUCGCCAACAAGACUCCUUCCUCUGCCCUAAUGGUACCAUCUUCAACCAGCAGUACCUGGUCUGCGACUGGUGGUUCAACUUUAACUGCGCUGACGCCGAAUCCUUCUACUCAGUCAACGAGCUCAUUGGAGUCGUUCCUGACACUGGUUAUGGUUAUUCCCUCAGCAAUGGAAAUGGUUUAAGCAUUGAUGUGAGAAGCAAUGGUGUUGUAAAUGGCAAUGGUUACAGUUACAACGGCAAUGGCGCUGGAAAUGGAAAUGGUGCCGCUACAAAUGGUAAUGGAAAUGGUGCAGCUACAAAUGGUAAUGGAAAUGGUGCUGCUACAAAUGGUAACGGAAAUGGCAACGGAUUGAGAGCUAAUGGCAAUGGUGCCAUCAGUGGUAAUGGCAACGGCUACAGAUACAAUGGCAAUGGUAAUGGCAAUGGAGCUACCAACGGUAAUGGUAAUGGCAAUGGAGUUGCAAAUGGCAAUGUAAUGGCAAUGGAGCUACAAAUAAAUGGUAACGGCAACGGAAAUGGAGCUACAGCUAACAAUGGCAAUGGUAAUGGCAAUGGUGCUGCAAAUGGCAAUGGCAUUGGAGCUACAAACGGUAAUGGUAAUGGCAAUGGAGUGCAAAAUGGCAAUGGUAAUGGCAAUGGAGCUACAAAUGGUAACAGCAACGGAAAUGGAGCAACAGCUAACGGUAAUGGAUACAGCUACAAUGGAAUUAAUGGAAGUGUUCGUUCAAAUGGCAAUGGAAAUGGUGCUGCUAAUGGCAACGGAGCUGCAAAUGGUAAUGGUGCUGCAAAUGGCAAUGGAGCAGCCAAUGGAAAUGGCAACGGAGCAGCCAAUGGAAAUGGCAACGGAGCAGCCAAUGGAAAUGGCAAUGGAGCAGCCAAUGGAAAUGGAAAUGGCUACAGCUAUAAUGGCAAUGGAGCAGCCAAUGGAAAUGGCAACGGUGCUGCUAACGGCAAUGGACUGAAUGGCAAUGGCAACGGCUUGAAUGGUAAUGGAAAUGGAUUGAAUGGCAACGGCUUGAAUGGCAACGGAUUGAAUGGUAAUGGAAACGGCUUGAAUGGUAACGGGAACGGGAACGGCAACGGUGUCCCUUCAGAAUCCUACGGCAUCCCCGUCUAAAUCCUUACGACUACUGGCAUUCUUCUCCAAGGAAACCACUGCAAUGUCUCGAGCACCCCUUGAUAGUCUUUCAUCUUUAUGUACAACUACUUUUAUUACUCUAACAAAGUAAGCUCAAUCACAUACACACCUAUUCACCAUUUACUCCAUAUACAAAUUCCCAUUUGAGACUUGAGUCCUAAACGAAAAAACAU